UGGUUCAGGUUCAGUUUUGUUUUGUUUUCAUUUCACUUCAGUUCAGUGUUCAGUGUUAUUGUGUGUGUGUUUGUGUUAGUGUUUUGGUUUUGGUUAUGCGUUGUUUGUCGUCAGACAGAAGUCUUUCAGUAUUCAUGUGCAAUUUAUUCAUAAAUUGACGUAAACUGUAUGACAUUCGUGUAAAUAAGGUCAAAUUAACUCUAAGUAGUUUUAAAAACUGAUUUUCUUGACUUGGUUGACAGUGACACUUUUUAAUUUGAUCUCUUUAAAAACCUGUUGCUGUUUCAACCCCAACCUUAAGCGGGCUAUCCUUAUAAAUUACCUCUGGAAUGAAAAUUAACUCGUUUGUUCUUUAAAACUUUGAAAAUGACAGAAUUAAAAAUGAAACCCAACAGUGAUUCAAAAAUUAUAGGAUACUGGAUGUCUGAUAAGAAGAGUCAGAAACUGAAAUGGACAGAAUUUGCCAGUGUUUGUAGGAAACACGGCUUCUCAUUAGUCAAGAUUAACCUCGACCUACCGCUAGAGUCUCAGGGACCAUUCGCUGUCAUUGUUCACAAGCUUUCUGACAUCAUUGUUCAAACGUUCCACGGAAAUACUAAGGCGAUGGCAAUGAUAGAAAAUGUCGAGUCUUACAUGAAAAACCACCCCGAAGUGGCAGUAAUUGACCCGUUAAACAACGUCCGUAAGCUGCUUGACAGAUAUGUCGCCUACAGAAUCAUCCACGACUGUAACUUGGAAGAUAUUGGCGUAUUCACACCUGCAUUUGUAGAAUUGACAAGUGACGAUGUCCGCACGAAUAGUCUCAGACUAAAGAGCUCCGGCGUCAAGUAUCCUUUCGUAUGCAAAACUUCUAUUGCCCAAGGGAAGAGCGAUUGUCAUAAGAUGACAGUGAUCUUCAACGAGGCAGGCCUAGUAGACUGCAAGCCUCCCUGUGUAGCCCAGACCUUCAUCAACCACAACGCAGUCCUCUACAAGCUCUACGUGCUGGGGGACGAGUACAGGGUGGUGGAGAGGCCUUCUCUCAAGAACUUCUACCCUUCAGAUCGAGCAAGCAUUUUCUUCAACAGCCACGACGUGUCAAAACCUGAUUCCACAUCCAGUCUUAGUAUCCUAGAUCCAGAUGACUUGGCGGAGAGCAAAACUAGUGUAGCUGUUGACCCAGAGAGGCUGGCAACCAUAACAAAGACUGUUAGAGAGAAACUGGGUAUGGACCUGUUGAGUAUUGACGUGGUGGUGGACAACACAACGGGACGUCAUGCUGUUAUUGACAUCAACGCCUACCCAGGUUACGACGGAUACCCCGACUUUUUUGAAGGUCUGAUGAGGUGCAUACUCAAGCGAAUCACCGACCACGAAGCCGAGUUGGCUAGAGCGAGUUUGUCCCCAAGCGAGACAGGAGACGAAGCGAAGGCAGAUCAGGAUGACUCAGGCUUUGACACAAGCGACUCCAGUGACGAAAAGAAGAGGAAGCAGAGGCUGCGCUGUUCUAUCAAUAGUGGCGGGAGAACCUCGACCAAUCAGGUGAUGAGCAAGAAACACGCAGAGCGGCAACAUUAGCCAACACGAGUGCUACUAGUGCCUACAACCUCCGGUGUAUUGGGGCGGAGACUGAUGGUGUUUAUUUUUGUAAUAGUUCAACGCAAAAAGAAAUUAAAAUUUACAAAUUAAAUUUUGUAACGGUCAAUUUUUUUUAGUCAACUCUAAGGAGAUUUGAAUACUUUUUGGUUGAUGAGUAAAUUAUUACUACGCUACGCUAAAAUGAUGUUAAAAAAAUUUGUUGGGUUUUGUAACAUUUUUGGAACGUUAAUCAGUUUACCACAAUAGGGUGAAAAAAUACUAAAGCUCUCCUUCCUUACUGAUUAAUUAACUAUGAUUCCUUUCUAGGAAAACAAACACAGUCAUUAUAUUUUUGGUUGGUUUAAUCCUAAUUUUUUACUAAUUUAAUUUUUACUUUCACAGACACUUUUAUAAGGCACACAAUUCAUUUUUAAAGGUUCCUUGUCCUUACAAUAAAGGGGACUUACGGUAUGCCAUGCCAAGUAGCGUGCCUCCCAACUACACGGCAAUACAAUUUUUUUUUUUUUUUGAACUGGUUAAUUGUCUAUACUAGUAGCUGUGUGACUUAAGUUGAUAUUUUUAUCAAAGAUGUAUGUUUCCCAAAGGCUGUUGAAGAUCUUUGUUCGUUAAAACUAAUAGUUUUGCUCGGUCCUCAAGAAUUAAAAAAAACUUCUAUCCACUCUUUCCUCUAUAUAGUCACAACAUGAAUGAUGUUUCUUUUUUUCAAAAAUCACUAUUCUUAUUCUAGUGAUUCUUUUUCCUCUGGAAAUAUUUUGUUUGCAAUUUAAUAUACAAUCAAGAUCAAUCUGGUUUGUUUUCCAUCUUCAAACUAACACAUUUGAUGGUCAAUUUACUCAACUACCAACUGAACAAUAGUUUUGGUAAGAUGUGUAUCACUGAGAAGAAGGUAUAGAGGAAAUAUUCAUUGGCACACUUAAGUGGUGUCUAGCACUAGUGUUGGUGUCUAGCACUAGUGUUGGUGUCUAGGACAAAGUCCAACACUGCCCCCCUUGCCAUCAUGUACUACAACGCACUAGGCGGAGGAAGUCCUUGUGCCCUGUGCAAUAUGAAUUUCCACACUGUGCUCACCGCUCGGGCUCUUCCUUGCUGUUACAAGUAUAUUUCCGAUUAGAGCUGAAAGCGUGCGGUUGUCCCAUAAACAAGUCUCCUUUGUACCUUACUUCUCUGUGGUUGUAUAGACUACCAGCAUUUUUACAGAGGCAUUUAUUGUAUACUGGUAAAAACAUGAUCCUACUCAGGUAAUAGUUCUACUAAUUAUCAUAAUUGUAAAUUAUACCUAUUGGUGUCCUACAUACACCAUUUUGAAUGCAUUUAAGUUGUAUCCUGUGUAAGGUGCCUUUUCUUGUAUUACUCUUGGUGAUGCAAACAUAGAAAACGAAUAAAUUAAAUCAGAGAAGAUUUUAGAUACUCACAGAAAAAACAAGUAAUAAUUUGCUGAGACUUGUUGAUGUUUUCUAAUAAUAGUUGAUAAUUCAAUUUAUACUAUUGCGUCACAUUGUUUAGUGAGUAAUUUAAAAAAAUAUAUAAGACUUAAUACAGAAAUCUUCGUAAUCUAAAUUUAACAAUAGGUAAAGAAUAAGGUUUUUUAAACGUGAUAAACUGUUCUUGUAUAUUGAGAUAGUGCUUUCUCAACUAUGCUAAAAAUAAGUAAAAACAGCUUGCCAACCAAAAGCGAUGGAUUCUAAACAGUAACUGAGUUUUCAAAUCAGGUUUUGAAUUUAGAAUGGAGGCUAAAGUAUAAUAGACAUUCUAUUAUAUUUUUAUGGAUUGUGAUUCUGAUUUCCUUGAAGGAAACUAAGCAAAAUGAAAAAUGAAAGGCUCAAGUAGUCAAUUAUAAUUUUGUUAAAACAAAAUUGAAAAGUGUUCAACACUAAUAUAACUAAUAUUUAUUAUUAACUACUGUAUAACUUAUCAUCUUCUAAAUUAUACUACAUAAUGAAGACUUGAUAUGAAAUAAUCGUAAAAGCUGUAACUUUGAUUUAAACUCCGUCCCAAUGUAUUCAUUGUUUUACACCACUACAACAUAUUCACAUUCCAAUAGAUGUGAGAUAUAUUUUUGUAUUCUUUAACCCCUUUAAUGUAAGUUUGUAUCAGUAGCUGCUUUUAUACUUAGGUAAAAUGGUUUGCUGCCUGGUUUAUAAAGUUUUGCAUUAUCAGAUUUUUCAAGGGAAAUCCAUCAAAGUUUUAACAUUCACUAUGGAUAUCGAUAUCGUACAGAAGAUAAGACUUUUUAGAGUUAUGACUUGUAGGCUUAUUGGUUUGUAAAAUGUUUUCAAACACAGAAUUUUUUUGAAAGUGACAAACUAUUUUUUUGGGAUUCAUUGACUUUCCUACUAUUUUCAUCCAAGAACAGCAAUUUACAUGGUAAAAACUGUACUUCAUUUCCUUUAGAUAAACUAUAAAAUCCCUCUAAAAAUAAAAAAUUAUUAGUCUGUGGCCUAAAGGCUCAGAAAAUACAAUAUUUAAAGUACUUCUAUUUUUAUUGUUAUUUUUUUAUUUUUCAGUCUUUAUCUACUUGUUGUGUUCAUUCCCAUAGUCAAAGAAUGUAAAGACCAGAAAUGGUUCUAUGUGAUCUUUAAAGUAUAAUUAAUGCAAAUAAAUUGUUUGCUCAAUUUGAAAGGCAGCAAACCAAAGCUAUGUUAUCGCUAUGUACGACAUGUAAGAUUUAACUUUUUACAAUCUUCUAUAACCGCAAUAAUAUUGUACAAAGUAUAAUUAAGGUUGGUUAAAUUGAAUAUGCUGUUAUUCAAAAUAUAUUAGUCCUAUACAUUCAAUAUAAUUCAUCCAGUAUGAUAGAUAUGCCUUAAUGUGUUAUUUUUACUAAUUCAUUUUUGCUAAAAUGAGUUUUGAGCAUUUGUAACUAUUUUAUAUCUUUUAAUUCGCUUAUUGGUGCCAUUUCAUUCAAUGAAAUAUUCUGGAAUUCUACUGCAGUCAGGUCGACUAAAAAUAUCCUCCUUAAUUUUAUAUGAAAAACUGAGGUGUUCUAUGACAAUUAUCCUCCUUAAUUCGUAUUAUGAUUUUGAUUGGAAAUAUUCUCUAUCAUUUUUGGGUGUUAUAAUGUUGAAUAAUUUAAAGCUAAUUUGCUGUUAAAAUAAUGAAACUGAACGUUCUGUAGCUAACGUGUUUCAUUUUUGUAGAAUAGAGUAAAGAGGGUAAAGUUAGUUUUCGAAGUAACCAUGAAAAGAAUAAAUUGUAAAUAGUUGUUUGUACAUUUUGUUCAUAAAAGUUAUUAUGUUUUUGAGGUACCUGAAUUUUCAUAUCAAUUGUUUCUUGUUUGUAAAUUUUGUUGUUUGGACAACUUAUGGCUUGAUGUUUAUUAUUUUUAAUACUUUGACCAGGUGUUUCAGAAAAAUACCUAAACAAUAAUCAAAAUAAAUUCAGCUCAAAAGUUUGCAAAACUUAGCAUUUUUAAUAUAAACAUUUGUACGCUUGUAUAGUUUUUAUGUUGAAAUCUUACUUUAAGUAAAAUUUUGUUGCAUAUUUUGUCUCAUGCUAGUAUAUUGUUUCAACAAAAGUUUCUUAGGUUCAUUAUUAAAAUGCCAAAUUUCCAUGUAUGAUUAUACUCAAGCUAUGUGUAUUUUCUAUUGUAACUUACACCUUUAGAUAUGAAAACUACGUGGUGUAUUUGUUAAAAGGUAAAUGGACAUAUUUUAAUACAAGAUGUUUACAAUUA